AUGUCGAAGAGGGUUAAUGAAUUAUUUCUGAUUCUGCAUUUAGUUUUCCUGACAUUUGGGAAUUUCAAACCUAUUGAAGCAGACGGAGGGCGAGUUCAGGUGGGCCCACAAAUCGACAUAAAUUCGAUCGCUCGUAAUCGUAAUGCCGGAGCUCGGGUGAAAGUCAUCGCUGGUAGCAGAGAGAAUCGUGGUGCAAACGAUGAAAGGGGGUCUGAUAAAGGAGACAUCGCUAGCAAAGCCGCGCAAGAAGCAAAAGCUGCGUCCGAUGCGCAGAAUAUUGCUGGAAAACAGGCGUCUCAUCAAGUAAAAGUCCAGCUAGCGGAGAAAGCGUUUCGUGCAUCGAAGGCCGCCGAAGCGGUGCUCAUUGGGAAGAUAGCGCUCGUGGAACAACUGGGGGAGGAGACGAAGGAGACCCAGAGUGUCGUUCGCGAAGGAUCCCUGAGUUUCCAACGGGCAAAAGAGAACGUCGCGGCUGCGACUAAAGCUGCCAAAGAAGCACAUCACCAGAUCGAUACACUGAGACGUGCGGUGGAAACGGCGAAAUCCAAUCUGAGCAAUGCCAGAACAGCGGCCGAGGGUGCUCGCAGAUCGUUAGGAGAGAAGGAGCAAUUACUGGUGGCAGCUAAGAAACGCGUUGAGGAACUCAAAGGGAGGCUGCAGAAAUCAAAGGGCGAUUUAGCCAGGACCAAUCAGGCUGCGGUCAAGGCUGAAGCCUCUGCGAGGGAGGCUAGGGUCAAAGUUAAUCACGACACACCCGCGGCCAAAACUUAA